AAUUUCUUCAGAAAUCGUUGUGAAUGGCUCUUCCAGCCAGCACUUUAAUAGUAAAUUUACAUUUUUGCCAGCCUAAAUGUACUUAAAACAAUAGCAGAUUCGCUAUAGCCGCUGCCCCGAAGGGCAUUUUUUGUGUGUGCUCCUGUGUGUCCUCGUGUUGAUAUUUCGUGUUUUAAAACCCCGUGCAAAUAGCUCUUGACGAAGCUGCUUGCGUGCCAAUUUUCUGUUGGGUCUAAGAAAGUGGUCUCUGAAGCAGAAGAGAAGCGAAAAGAAAAGUGAAUAAGCAAUUUCACGUUAGCAGAGCCAGCAGCACCUCGAUCCUCUCACGGCAAUGACUUCCACAAACAAUCUGGUCGAUGUUGUGCGUCACUAUCAGCGGAGCAUCGAGAGGCACGGCGAGGACGAGAAGAGGCUGAUGCACUGCAUCACAAAGCUGUUCAAUCUGCCCAUCAAAUUCGAGCACCUGCAGGAGACGGGCAUUGGCAAGACUGUGAAUGCCCUGCGAAAAUUCAACGGCGAGGUUGGGGUGGCCGCCCGCACUCUAGUCACACGAUGGAAGGCCAUGGUGGCCGCCGAGGAGGAGCCCGCCGAGCCAACGCCAUCGGCAACGGCAAACACAAGCCACGAGGAGGAUUCGGGAAAAUCGAAUGGUCGGCGAUCCAGUGAGGAUGACAAGGAACAGGAGUACAAAGGCAGCAAUUCAUCCAGCGGCGACGACGAUCACAGCAGCAGCAAGCGAAAGUCCCGGCACGACGAGAGCAGCUCCAAGAGCAAGUCCGAGAGAAGCAGCAGCAGUAAGCAUCACUCGAAGAGCUCCAAGUCGGAAUCGGACAAGAAACACAAGAGUAGCCGCCAUGAUAGGUCGAGGGACAAGGACAAGGAAAAGGACAAGGAAAGGGAGAGCCACAAGGAGUCCAAGCAGCACAGGGACGAGAGAUCGAAUGGCGAACACAAGACUAAGGACUCGUCCUCAUCAAAACAGUCGCGCAGCAGCAGCAGCAGCAGCCACAGGAACAGCACCAGCACCAGCCACCACAGCAGCAAAUCCGAGAGUCACAAAAGCGACAAAGAACACAGCGAAUCAAAGCACGAAAAGAGCUUGAAAGAGGAUAAAGAAAAACCUAAACACUUCGAUCAAAAAACGCCGAAAGGUAAAUCGGAUAGGCACAAGUCAUCUUCCUCAUCGUCCAAGUCAUCCAAGCGACAUCACAGCCCGCAGCAGCAAGAGGAGGAGUUCGCCACACCCAAGCCCAAAAUAGCGAAAACCAAAACGACCAAAGAUAUAACCGGUCAAGAGGAGUCUGUGGAUGGCUUUGACUCCAGCAUGGGAGCCAAUUUCGAUGACGUUCUCGGCAUGCUCAACAUGCCCAUGAGCAGCAGCAAGAAAAUCAGCUUCAAAGCGAAGCAUGUGGUCAAGCCACACACCACAGCAGCCUCUACUUCCUCAACAUCAUCAGCAGCAGCUGCCGCAGCAGCUGUUGCACCAUCCUACAGGGAGGCUUCCUCCAGCAGCAGCCGACCCGUCACUACCAAAAAACCCGAGCUAUUGGCCUCCACCGCCAAGCUGGAGCCACUGGAUCCGAGCAUUGCCCUAGAGCUGCCAACCAUUUCGAACAACUACAAACCCUUGCCCCUUAAUCAGACGGUCAUGGAUGUGGUAUUCAACCAUGGCGGGGGAUCCCACAAGUCCUCUGCCGCGCGCUACUUCAACGAAUCGGAGGCCCUGGCCGCAGGCAUUUCCUCAAAAACAAUGCGCACUAAGAUCUACUCAGGUGUGAGGACUGGCCAAAUUCUGCAGGUGGCCUCACUAUUUGAUCUGUGCACUCGCGUCCUUCAGAAGAAUAUUGAUGCCUUGGAGUACACCGGUGGCGUACCUUUUGAGGUACUUCGACCGGUUCUGGAGAGAGCAACGCCUCAGCAGCUGUUAAACUUCGAGGAGUACAAUCCGUAUCUAAUGGAAGACAGCGAUAUCCUAUGGCAGAUGCAUGUCACGCGCAACUGUCGCAGUCAGAGGCGUGAGGAGAUGGAGACAUGGCGUGAAAUGUUCUUGCGCUGCCAAGAGGAGAAGGAUCGCAAGCUCAGCAUACUCGCGGAGAGCAUCCGGGCCUCGCAGAAGAUCAGCGAGGCUCCAGUGCGCAAAACUCAGUUGGCAUUCGUAGACUCGAUGGUAAAGCCACCACGCAACGUGCAACGCAAGCAGGAGCAGUACGGCACCAGGGGCAAAAUGAUAGCCACACCAGCCGCCCGAGUGGCGGCCCUCUCCAGUGUGACGCCCAAUGCGGCCAAGGUGGGCGAUGCCCGACUGCGAGUACUGGGUGCCGGGCGUGACACGGCGCAAAUGGCUGUGGCUCCGAUGCGACCCAAAAAGGCCCCUCUGAUGGCCAAGACCUUGCAGUUUAUGCGCGGACGCCACAAGAGAUAGAAGGUGGAAUAGUAUGGGGCAGCUAUUACAAUGUUACAAUCAAUCUUAUACUCAAGAAAGCACAUCAUUAACUUCAAAGUGUAACGCGGCGGCCGCAGGUUUUUCUUUUCUUCAGGGGAGAUUCGAUUGCGGCACGCAACAUCCGGUACCGCUCACGUUCUUAUUUAUUCAUGUUCUAUCCCCUUGGAUAAUUCUAUCGUGUACUAUAGCUCCUAAGUUUCAUUUAUAGCUAUUGUAAGUCAACGUUUUGUUGUUGGAGAAAUUCGAUUAUGUUCAAGUUAGUAGUUGGAUCUUUUUAAACUCAAUUGUCAAUAAGUAAAAUUUUAAAUUUAAGUUCGUUUGUCCCAGAGGGCUGUGCGAGUGUCGAAAGUCAAACAGAGGAGAAGAGGUGGUUCCAGGCCGUUUCAGAUUCAGACUCAAAAUUGUAUAUAUAUCUAUGUUAAUCCCACAUGUUAAUCGAAAUUUAUAAACCUAAUGCUAUAAUCAAAGGUCCUUUAUUCCACUAGUAAGCCAGGGAAAUUGUAUGAAUCAGUCAGUAAUCAGUAGCUCAAUGGCCGACCAGCGACUUGCUGACAUUUGAAAGGAGUCGAACGAUCACACUAAUUGUUAAUAUAAUGGGAUAAAUUAUAGUAUAUAGAAUACAACCCGCCCCCCCCUAACAGAGACAA